GUAGCAACAAAGCCUGAACAAGCUCAAAAUCUCGAGUUGUAUGUAUAUCUUUACGUCUUUCGGAAUUUGUGAGAGAAAAUGCGUCUGUCGAAUAUUUCACUGGUAUGGGCGGUAGCGCUGGCCAUCUUUGGUCUUUGCAUGCACUAUAUCAUCAAAGUGACACUAAAGCCGUCAUUCUCGGAGUUGCGACACCUUCCAGGUCCCAAGAAUCACCAGUUUCUAGUAGGGCAUGCCUUACACAUUAUCCGCGGAUCAGGACCAAAUGAUCUAUAUCUCCAGUGGACGCGGCGUUGGCCGAACGCACCGUUCAUACGAUCUCUCUCUUGGCUCAACUCGGAGGUCCUUCUUGUUAACAACAUAGAGGCAUGUCGCGAGGUCCUCCAAACCAAUGCUUACCGCUUCGCUAAGCCGGCAUUCUUUCAUACUCUUGUUGGAGAAUUUCUUGGUGUCGGUCUGCUGUUCAGCAUCGGUGACCAGCACAAGCGCUUGAGACGCAUCAUUGCAGGGCCUCUAUCUCGUCCAAGUAUUCGGAAACUAUUUCCAACGUUUAUGACAUACUCUCGGAAGCUGAACAGCGACAUUGAUGAUGCCAUACGGCUGAGCAAGGAUGGGAUUCUUGAAAUCGAAGAACUAUUUACAAGAGUGACACUCGAUAUCAUCGGUGUCUCGCUACUUGGCAAAGAACUGCGCGACUUCCGCUCACACUCCUCGCCCUUGUCCUUUGAGCAAUGCUACAACGCCAUAUUAGCACAACCACUCGCUGGCCAAAUCAUAAGCUUCAUCAAUCCCUUUAUCCCACUCCGUUGGCUUCCUAUAUCCGCGAACCUGAACUUUAUCAAGGCCAAAUCUGCUCUGAAGGGCAUGAUGACAGAGCUGAUCGAACAGCGGACAUCUGAGGUAGCUAAAGCAAAGGAGUUGGAUACAGACAGUAGGUUAUCGAGCGAUUUGUUGACGAGGAUGAUUGAAGCAAGUUCUGUUGAGAAUCAGAAGUUGUCUAAAGAUGAGUUGAUCGAUAUCACUAUGCAGGUCAUCGCGGCAGGACAUGAGACUACAGCUAGUGCUAUGAUCUGGACAACCUACGCACUUUCCAAAGAUCAAAAGUCACAAGAUCGGUUAAGGACUGAGAUCUUGGGCAUGAAUGUCAACAAAAUGACCGCCAAGUCGAUAGACGAACUGCCGUACCUCGACAACGUAAUUCGAGAAGCCCUUCGCGUAUAUUCACCUACCCUAACCAUCCCAUGGGAGGCACUCGAGGAUAUUGUCAUAGCAGGCGUCAAGAUCCCAAAAGGCACAACGGUUCAACUCGUUCCAGCAAUGACGCAACUGAACCCCGAUAUUUGGGGUCCCGACGUGGAUGCCUUCAACCCCGAUCGAUGGGAUCGUCUCUCUGGCGAUGCCUCGAGCCCAUAUGCCAUGGAGACAUUCUCGAACGGGCCUCGGAUGUGCCCUGGAAAAGCUUUGGCUUUGUUGAAUAUGAAGGUCCUGUUGGUUGGGUUGAUCAGGGAGUUUAGGAUCGAGGUCUUGGGAGAUGAGGAGUUGGAGUUCAGAAACCCGAGUUUGACGUUGAAGUCGAAGAGGCCACUUCGGUUUAAGGCACAACGCGUUGGUUAAGGACGUUGAUCUUAUUAAGGACCUGAAAUGGCCGAAGGAAGGUCUGUCAGUGGUGAGAUGAGGGUGGCGGGUAACAAAAAGGACAACACAGAAUUGACGGACCGAAGACAUAAUACUUCCAUGUGCAAGGCUCAUACAAGUUGAUACUAGACAUUGCAAUUUUACCAUUCAUUCGACUGUGUAGGAUAAGGCUAUGUGUACGAGUCUCGCUGCACCUAAGGUGUUGACGAUCAGAUCACGAAACGGC